UCUUCUUCGAAGCACCUCCUUCCUCCUCUUUCGACACCAAAACCAACCUUCACGCCGCCGAGAGAAACCAACACAGAUAAAGAGAGAGAGAGAGAACGAGAUGGGGAAGGGUUCUAAGAGUUCAAGAAAGGGUAAAAAAGCAUGGAGAGCUAACAUAAGCACCGAGGACAUCGAAGACUUCUUCGAGAAAACCACCAAAGACGCUCUCUCCGGUGGAAACCUCUCCGCCGCUCCCAGCGAGGACCUCUUCCGCGUCGAGAAGUCUCACGACCUUCCGGUGAAGCGUAAGAUUGAGAAGAGCAGAGAGAAAGUGCUUCGGUGUGACAGUGUUUUAAAGAAGAACCCAUUUGUCCAGGUGGUGUCAUCUUCCAAGCCCAAGUCAAAGAUCAGUAAGAAGAAGAAGACAAACGCUGUAGAAAGCAAAACACCUAAACAAGCUCAAAGUAACGUUGAUGAUGAUUCUGUAAUGAUGGACUUGUGGGGCGAUGAUAAUAAAGGAGAAGAUGAGAGCAACCCUAGAAAGAUUUGGAAAAUGACUACGACUAUUCCAGCAGUAGAAGUUGAUCCUGCAGGAUGCUCAUACAACCCUACAGCUGAAAGUCACGAGGAUAUGUUGGCUGAAGCAGUUGCUCAAGAAAUGCAGAAAGUUUACAAAACUGAGCUAGGACCUGAGCCUGUGCCUUUGACUAUCGAUGGGAACAACAAUAUCGAAGACGAGGCGGGUCUUUUGAGUGUGUGCAAUAGAAUAAUCAACGGAAAGAGUGCCUACUUUCUUGGUGUGGACAAUGGUAGCGAAGGUGAAGAGGAAGCAGACGCUGCAAAUGAUGUGUCUGAAGCUGGGAACAAAACCGCAAGAACAACAAAGAGAGUGACACGUGUGGUGUUGAACAAGCGAGCUAGACAAAAGGCUCUACGUAAAGAGGAGACGAAGGAGAAGCAUAAAGAGAAGUUAUCAAAAGAGAUUGACAGGUAUUUUGAAUUAAUGCUUCUCAAAAUAUUAUUCUUACUAUUUUUUUAUUUUUGUAGCUUGCCGAAAAUUAUAAAAGAAAUAGCUGAAGAUGAUAAGGAGAAGCUGAAUAAAAAGAUAAGACAGACCAUUGCUAAGGAGGAAGUGCUUAAGAUACGUCCUCCUCGUUUGGGAAAGCACAAGUAUGAGGCUCCUCCUGUUCAGGUUCUCUUAACAGAAGAGAUGACCGGUUCACUUCGUAAGCUGAAGGCGUGUUGCACACUUGCAAGAGAUCGAUUCAAGAGCCUUGAGAAGAGAGGAAUACUUGUUCCAUCAAAGACCAUUAGAAGGAACUAGGAGUUCUUUCACUGUAACGGCUGGUUUUAAAAACAACUUUUUACUAUGGUAACAGCAGCGGAUACUAUAAUCAUAUAUGUUGUGUUUUGACAUUAAGUUUUAAUCUUUGGCAUUUUGCUUCAAUCUUUUUUAUAACAAAUCAGUAAUGAAAUAAUAUUCUACUUUGUUUGGUUUUA